AUGUAUGCUUCCGUUCCAGUUGGCAGCUUGAAAGCGCGCCAAAACAAUGGUACUCUUACUUCCCAGAAAGGUUCCCCCUAUGGCCUGGCACGCAUCUCCCAUCGUGAGCCUGGCUCUCGGGAUUACAUUUUUGACAGCUCUGCUGGCGAGGAUACCUUUAUCUAUGUCAUCGACACUGGUGUCAACACCGAGCACACUGACUUUGGCGGCCGUGCUACUCUCGGAAAGAGCUUCAUCGCCGGAUCCGACGGCGAAGACGACCAAGGCCACGGCACACACUGCUCUGGAACCGCUGCUGGUACCAAAUUUGGCGUAGCUAAGAAGGCCAACAUCAUCGGUGUAAAGGUCCUUGGUGCAGACGGCUCCGGCAGCAACUCUGGUGUCCUUAGGGGCAUUCAAUGGGCCGUCGACGACGCCACCGAGAAGGGCCACAUCAACCGCACCGUCCUCUCCAUGUCUCUCGGAGGCCCCUUCUCCCAAACCACCAACGACGCCAUCCAGUCCGCCGUCGAAGCCGGCGCUUUCGUCGCCGCUGCCGCCGGAAACGAAGGCGAAGACGCAUCCAACUCCUCCCCCGCCUCCGCACUCCAAGCCUGCACUGUCGGCGCCACCAACGAGCGCGACCUCAAGGCCUCCUUCUCCAACUUCGGCAAGCUCGUCGACAUCUUCGCCCCCGGAGAGAAGAUCCAGAGCGCCUGGAUCGGCAGCUCCACCGCUACAAACACCAUCAGCGGAACUUCAAUGGCUUGCCCCCAUAUUGCUGGUCUCGCAGCCUAUCUUAUUGCGCUCGAGGGCCCCCGCUCUCCUACUGACUUGUGCAAGCGCAUCCAGGAGCUUGCUACCAAGGACGCUAUCACUAACUUGAGGGCUGGAGAGGGUAGCCCCAACCUCAUUGCUUACAACGGCAAUGGCGCGUAA